CCUACCUGGCGCGGGGGAGGGGCCGCAGGUGAGCGGCGGAGCGCGGAGCUCGGCACGCGGCGGCCGCGGGGCUCUGCAGCAUGUCGGUCAGCAGAAAGGAUUGGUCCGCGCUGUCCAGCCUGGCCAGGCAGCGGACUUUGGAGGAUGAAGAGGAACAGGAGCGAGAACGCAGGCGGAGGCACCGCAACCUGAGUUCAACCACAGACGAUGAAUCUCCAAAAGUCACCCAGAAUGGAGCUCAGAGAUCUGUGGAGAGGCUGCCCAGUGUGGAGGAAGCAGAGGUCCCCAAGCCAUCACCCCCAGCCUCCAAAGAUGAAGAGGAAGACAUCCAGGCCAUCCUUAGGACUCGGAAGGAACGGCGACAGAGGCGGCAGGUGGUAGAGGCUGUCCAGGCUCCAGUGCAGGAGAGGCUAGAGGGGGAAAAGGACAGCCCAGACCCCGAGCAGACCUCAACUCAGCCCCUUGUGCCUAAGAAGAAAGCGGAGCCCCUGCCUCGCCGGAGACUGAGCCGGGAGCAGCGAGGCCCUUGGGCCCAGGAAGAAGAGCCCCUAAAGGGAAGAGAGCUUGGGGGAGGGGGAAAGGGGCUUCAAGAGGAGGCAGAGGUCCAGCAGAAGACCUUGGUCUCUGAGAAAGCGCCUGGCCCAGAGAAGACUCUAGUGCCUGCCAAGAGACCGGCUUCCGAGAAAGCCUGCCCCUCAGAGAAGGGGGCAGCCACAGAGAAAGCAUCCCCGACUGAGAAGAAACACAGCCCAGAGAAGUUGGUUCCAGAAAGAACGAGUGUGUCAGACAAGUCACCGGUCCCUGAGAAGACACUCACGUCUCUGAAGACAGGAGCACCAGAGAAAAGGUCUGCUCCAGUUCUAGAAAAAUCCGUGGUCUCUGAGAAGAUGCAGGAGAGGCGGCUGGUGUCAGAGAAAGCAUCCAUCUUCGAGAAGUCAAUAGUCUCAGAAACAAAGCUGACUCCAAAGAAGGCAACGGCCUCAGAGCAGCCCCCAGCCCCUGGGGGAAGCCAGGCUACCACAAGGGAGUCCAGAGGGAAGGCUGUCCCUGGGAAGAGUCCACCUUCCUCUGCAGAGCAGGGUACAACAGACCCUCCGACUAAGGCUUCUCGCUUCCCACCCAUCACACUCCAGGUGAAAAUUCCCAGCAAGGAUGAAGAGGCAGACAUAUCCUCACCUACUCUGCUCACCUACAGCAGCUCCCUCAAACGCUCCAGCCCCAGGACCAUCUCCUUUCGGAUGAGCCCCAGGAAAGACAACUCAGAAACAACCUUAACCCGCAGUGCCAGUGUGAGGCUGCCAGCUAGCACGGUGAAGCUGGGAGAGAAACUGGAGAGAUACCAUACAGCCAUACAGAGAUCCGAAUCUGUCAGGUCUCCAGGCUCCUCCCGCACUGAGGUUCUUGUGACUCCUGCCGGUGUAGCCAGCAAGCGCCACCUCUUUGAGAAGGAGCUGGCCGGCCAGAGCCGCACAGAACCAACCAUCAGAAAGGAGAAUCUGCGACUGUCAGGGGUUGUGACAUCAAGACUUAACCUAUGGAUCAGCAAGACCCAGGAUUCUGGAGACCAGGGCGCGCAGGAGGUACAGAAAGAGGCAUCCGUCACCAGGAGGGCUCAGUGGGGAAACAAAUCGGCCAUGUCCCUGGAUGCCGAGGUGUGAAAGCCCUGCCAAGACAGACCUGCAGACAUGCACCCCAAGGGCUCUUCUUCAUGCCAGCUCCUGGCCUGCAGCACUCCUGACCCUUGUUGUUCCCAUUCCCUUUCUGUCUCUCAGCCAGUGUGGUCAGGGCCCCUUGGGGCCAGGAACAUGAAUGUCACACCUCCGGCCCUUCUCCAGCCCUGCCUGGCGGGGGCAGAUGUGCGCUGAUGCUUUCUCCAGAUGCAGGCACUCUCUACCCUGAGCCCAGAACACAGCCCUGGCACACCAGCCAUGGAGUCUCCAUGUCCUGUCUAGAGACGGCCCCUUUUUCCUGCUCACUGCCAGUAUCAGGCUGAGGUGUUUUGCCAACUCCAGCGUUAUCUGUCUUACCUGCUCCCAGUGGGUACUCUGUGUGCCUGUGACGUUCCCACACCAAGUCCUAGACUUGGUCACUGCUCUCUGAGGCUUUUUCAGGACUGGAAAGGAGUCACCAGGCA